AUGGCCGAGAAAGCCGACAACCAGGGGCCAGCCCCAAAAGAAACCACCUUCCGAUCCUUCACCCCGGAACAAAGCGCAAACUACGCCGAGAACCGUCUCGAUUACCACCCGCGACUAUACAACCUCGUCCUCAGCCACCACCAGUCCACCGGCGGCCAGCUCGACACCCUCCUCGACGUCGGCUGCGGGCCCGGCACCGCGGUGCGCUCACUCGCCAGCGUCUUCAACCACGCGCUCGGCAUCGACCCAUCCGAGGGCAUGAUCACAACAGCGCGGUCCAUCGGCGGCGUCACGCACACCGACGAGACCAUCCGCUUCGAGGCCUGCACCAUCGACGACGUCAGCGCGCAGACCCCCACCGCCACCUCCCCGGGUCCCCUCCAGGCCGCUGGCAGCGUCGACCUCAUCACGGCGGCCACGGCGGCGCACUGGUUCGACAUGGCCGUGUUCUGGCCGCGCGCCGCGCGCCUGCUCAAGCCCGGCGGCAGCGUGGCGCUGUGGGUCAGCGGGCCGAUCCUGGUCGACCCGUCCAUGCCCGGCGGCGUAGCCAUCCAAGCGGCCAUCGACGGGUUUGAGCAGGCGCUUGACGCCUACAUGGUGCCGGGGAACCGGGUCGGCCGCGGGCUGUAUGUUGAUCUGACGCUGCCCUGGAUGCUGGAGGCGCCGGUGCCCGAGUUUGAGCGGGACAGCUUCCUGCGGAAGGAGUGGGAUGUGGGUGAGGGGAAGGAGCCGAUUGAUGAGUUUUAUAGGAACCAGCGGCCGCCGAAUGUGGAUGUGCUGGUGAUGGUGCUCGCCACCGCGAGCCCGUACAUCAGGUGGCGCGAGGCGAAUGCGGGUUCGGUUGGCACUGAAGCGGACCCGUUGCAGGUUAUGAGGAAGGAGAUUGAAAAGGUGAUGCAGGAUGCUGGUAUGGAUCCAAAAACGGGGCUGAUCGAGGGAGGGGUGGGGGCCGCUCUUUUGAUGGUGAAGAAGAAGGCGGACUAGGUCAGAUGGUAGCUAAUAGGCAGCUAUCACUGUCACACUAUUCCAAACGCCCUGGGAUUAGGAUGGAAUCCCCAGUAAGACGAGAUGUGCACUUUAAUUAGUAUGUAAGUGGAAGUCUAAACAAGCGCGCUACCGUUCCCA